ACCACCAAAAAACAUGGCUACCUGCACCACCCAAACAAUAAUCUUUAUCCUUAUUAUGCUGCUGCUGCUCCUCUGUUUUGAUUCCUAUUCAGUUUCAGCAGGCGGCCUUGUGCAGAGGGCGGAGGGUGCUGCCAAUUCCGCAAACCAUAGAACCACCAGAAGAUCAGACGAGGGCAUAGUUGAAGUGAAGCCGAUGAUGAUGAAGAGGAAACUUUUAGAGGACAUUGACUUCCUGCUGGACUAUACUCCUCCAGGCGCAAACCCUAGGCAUGAUGUUCCACCACCCGGAGGGAAAGGGAAACCCUAGCUGCUACCUAAUUAAUUACAUCAUAUCCAUAUAUCAUCUCAUCUUAAAUAAAAUCUCUAAAUUGUUGUUUCUCCUCAUAUAUAUAUAUAUAUGUAAUGAUUAAUGAAUACUAUAUAUAUGCUGUUUUUGUCAAGGGUUGUAUUAUAAUUAUUAUUAUGAUACAAAAGACAUUAAAGAACAAAAGGAUGCCAGUACU